GGUUGGUUACAGUUGAUACAAGCUGAUUUAAAAGGUUUCUUCUUGUAGCUGGUGGAGGUGGAACACAUUUUUAUGUACGGUAGCCUACUUUCUAUGCUGUCGGGCAGUUUAAUCUAUAAUAAUGGCUCAUAUUUUAGCAGUUCACCUCAUGUUUUGCAUGUAUAAUCUUUAUUUGCACAGUAACUAAUUUGCGCUGUCAAACAAAUGUAAUGGAGUGAAAAGUAUAAAGUCAAAGAAAGUGGAAAGUACGUCAAAAUUUUACUUAAAUAAUGUACUUGAGUAAAUGCACUUAGUUACAUUUCAGCACUGUAAAAGGAUCAUAAUACACAUUUUUCAUUGGGCAUGACAUAUUGAACUUUUAAAAUGCAUAUUGUUACUUUUCCUAUAUUAUUACUAAUGUGCAGUAAGUCUAAAAAGAGUAUAUCAGGAAUGGCAUUCAUUCAUAAACCAGAUUUAAAAAUCUUUUAUUUGCCCGAUAAACUGUAAUAAAAGUCUUUUUUUUUUUUUAUAUAUUCUAGAACAACUCCAGUCAAAACCUUGGCUACCUCUGCUCAUUCCUUCAGUCUGUCUUGAACAUGCUCAGGAGAAAUUCAGGUAUUCAUGUCAGUAAAUCACUAUAGCUGCCAGAAAGAUUUAUCACAGGCCUCUGCAGGAAAACCAUACAACCUGAAACCCAGUGAUCCCAGCGGAUUCCUUCAUUUUAAUACUCAAAGGUCCCAGCACACUGAGCAGCUGCCUCCAUGGACAUAGUUUUAUGAACUGCAGCCUGCCAAUAAGAUUCACGCUGAGUUGUCUCGGGGGGGGAGUGGAGGUAGAGUUGAUCAACACCUCAGAGGUAGGUUUCAGCGUGUUCAGGCAAGACACACUUCCUCACUUCGCAUUUUCUUCAUCCUUAUUCUGUAAGAAGACCUCAGAACAGCUCUUAUUGCUACAAGUACCUGACAUUUGCUAAAUGAGUAUGCAGGAGAGGGCCAACUGCGAUUCACAAGAGAAAUCAUUUGGAGAGAUCAGCGAUCAACAUUUGCAGCAGCCUCAAGAUGAGAGGAAAGCCGUGCAGAAGAGAACCUUCACCAGGUGGAUGAAUUUGUUUCUGCAGAGAUGUGAUCCUCCAGUUGAAGUGCACGACCUGUUCACAGACAUUCAGGAUGGCAGAAUACUCAUGGCCUUGCUGGAGGAGCUGUCUGGGUGCAAACUACUUUACAGGUUUAGGUCAUCUUCUCAACGCAUUUUCAGACUGAACAACAUUUCCAAGGCCCUGGCUUUCCUUGAUGAUAGACAUGUGAAGCUGCUUGGCAUCGAUGCCUCUGGUAUUGCUGAUGGUAUCCCUUCUGUUGUUCUUAACCUUGUCUGGAACAUCAUCCUGCACUUCCAGGUAAAGGAGGUGGCAAGAAGUCUUCAGAGGCAUUUGUCUUCUAGCCUAUCUUCUUUAUCAAUGAGCAGUUACUCCUCCUUCAGUGACCUCUCACCCCCACCAAACGACAUUGGCUGCUACUCCUGCAACACCCUGCCAAGCAAAGGCAGAAAGGCUGCCAGGAAGCCAAAGUACCAUGGGAAAGCAAUCAAGACUCUCCUGCAGUGGGUCCAAAGAUGCACAUCAAAGUUUGGGGUGGAGGUGUAUGACUUUGGGAAGAGCUGGAGAAGUGGCCUGGCAUUCUUAGCUGUGAUUAAGUAUGUAAACCCAGACUUGGUUGACUUGAGAGAGAGCUUGUCCAGAGAGCCAAGAGAAAACAUUCAGCAGGCCUUCAUGAUAGCCCAUCACAGUUUGGAUAUAACACCUCUACUGGAGCCUGAAGAUGUGGCACACACUUCACCAGAUGAGCAGUCCAUCAUUACCUAUGUUUCUCUGUUCCUGGGGCAUUGUUCAGGCAUGGAUGAGGAUCAUACAACAAAUAUUGAAGUUCCUGAGAUCCCAAAUUUUGGAUCCCUUGAGUCAGUCGGCUUUGGAGAGAUCCUCACUGACGACACAGAAGCUCAAGCUUUACUCAGAGGCUUAGAGAAGAGCAGCGAGGAGCUACUGUGGAAACGGUGGUCCAGAAGAUCCUCAGGGGGCACACGUACUGCCUCGCUUUACACAAAUGGAACAGUUACAUCUGGCGAUUCCUCCAGCGAAAGUGACAUCAGUGCUGCCAUCUCACAAUUCAACAAAAAGAGAGGCAGGAGUAGGAGCAUUUUGCAGCCACCUAGUCCGCUGGAUGCAGGCGUAGUCAGCCAGGAGAUCCGAUCGUGGCUGGAGAAAGGCUCGGAUCAAGCCUACAACAAGACAAGAGUGGAUGAGAAUCACUUUUCUUUGAGCUCAGAGGAGGGAAUCUACAGCUUGUCAGCGCUGGACUCAGAUGAGGAGGAUGCCUACAGCUACAUCCUGGAUCUGAACAAAGAGCAGUGA